UUUCAUCAGCAGCAACAGUUAGUCAGACACCUCGGUAGCUUGCUAGACAAAAUAGACGAACCAAUAAAGGUCUUUAGACGCUUUCGUGUAUAUUAGCCAGUGUGUUUUAAACCCACUUCUGUCGUGUAGUUAGUUAUCCGAUCUAAUUUCAUAUUUACGGUGUUGUAGUUAUUAGUCAGCUAGCGGGCUGGUUAAGUUAGCAUUAGCCUAGCUAACAUCUACGACCAUGCGGUCACUAAGCUACUCUCCUGCUAAAGAAGUGAAAGAGGAGGAGGAAGAGAAGGUUGUUACAAUACAAAAACAAGUAGCGGGUGAGGCUGUUACAGUGAAAGAAGAAGAGAAAGAAGUUUCAGUGAAAGAAGAGGAAGACACGUUCAGAGUGAAAGAGGAUGUUACAGUAAAGGAAGAGGAGAAAGAGGAGGGUGCAGUUUUUGGAGUGAAAGAGGAGGAGGGGGAGAUGACUGUCACAUCGAAAAAGGAGGAAGAAGAGGAGGAAACUGGAUAUCUGGGCCCGGUUUCCCAAAGGUAUCUUAAGGCAUCAAAUGGUUAUAACGAUGAACGUGAUGAUCAGGCCCUGGUUAACACUAGAGAGAUACGGGACUGUCGUGGAUCCUCUGGGGAGCAUCAACAACCUCAUGAUGCUGAAGAGGGAGAGAAGAGUCUCUCAAGAUCAGAAUACCUCAAGAAACACCUGCAGAGACCCACAGGGAAGAGAUUCACCUCAUCAGGCAUUAAAAUUCAUCAGAGAAUCUACACAGGAGAGGAACCUUAUAGUUGUGGUCAAUGUGGGAAGAGUUUUACUAAAUCUCGCUAUCUGACUCUACAUCAGAGAACACACACAGGAGAGAAACCUUAUAGCUGUGAUCAAUGUGGGAAGAGAUUUGCUACAUCUGGCUCUCUGACAGUGCACCAGAGAUUACACACAGGAGAGAAACAUUAUAGCUGUGGUCAAUGUGGGAAGAGUUUUACUACAUCUUGCUAUCUGACUCGACAUCAGAGAACACACACAGGAGAGAAACCUUAUAGCUGUGAUCAAUGUGGGAAGAGUUUUACUACAUCUCGCUAUCUGACUCUACAUCAGAGAACACACACAGGAGAGAAAUCUUGUAGCUGUGAUCAAUGUGGGAAGAGAUUUGCUACAUCUGGCUCUCUGACACUACACCAGAGAACACACACAGGAGAGAAACCUUACAGCUGUGAUCAAUGUGGGAAGAGGUUUUGUCAAUCUGGAGAGCUGACAGUGCACCAGAGAAUACACACAGGAGAGAAACCGUAUUUCUGUGAUCAAUGUGGGAAGAGGUUUGUUCAAUCUAGCCAGCUGACUCAACACCAGAGAAUCCACACAGGAGAGAAACCUUAUAGCUGUGAUCAAUGUGGGAGGACUUUUACAACAACUAGCUCUCUGACAGUACACCAGAGAAAACACACAGGAGAGAAACCUUUUAGCUGUGGUCAAUGUGGGAAGAGAUUUGCUACAUCUGGCAAUCUGACUCUUCACCAGAGAACACACACAGGAGAGAAACCUUAUAGCUGUGGUCAAUGUGGGAAGAGAUUUGCUACAUCUGGCAAUCUGACUCUACACCAGAGAACACACACAGGAGAGAAACCGUAUAGCUGUGAUCAAUGUGGGAGGAGUUUUACUUCAACUAGCUCUCUGACAGUACACCAGAGAACACACACAGGAGAUAAAUCUCAUAGCUGUGACCAGAGAUAAUCUGAUAAAACCAGAGAUAAUCUGAUAAAAGAUCUCUGAUCAAAUAUUACAAAAUACAUACAUGAAGGAGUUGUUUCAUGAUUUCAAUGAAUUAAUGUCACAAUGUAGAAUUUUUAACAUUGUAGUAGGAGUAUUUUAAUGAUGUCACAAUGUAGAAGCCUAAAUGUUUCCCCCCUUAUGAAUUGAUUUCAACAUGAUAUGGAUAUUAGCCCCAGGGGGGAAAAACUCCCAAGAAUUGCCAUAACCGAGGAAUAAGGCUAUAAGUGGUGGCCAGUCCUCUUCUGGCUGUGCCGGAUGGAGAUCAUAACAGAACAUGGCCAAGAUGUUCAAAUGUUCAUAAAUGACCACCAUGGUCAAAUAAUA